CAAGGGCAGAGAGGCCAGCGCUUGGCGGGAACAUACAGUUAGUCGAGGGCAGACUAGGAUUUGAAUCCAGAUCUCCUGCCAUCCUCUGCUCUGCGCUGGGCGGCUGGGCGUGAGGCUUCCCAUCCCACCGCACCAGACAGCCUGCCUACCUGCGGUGAGGGGGAAGGCGGACGCUCACCUCUCUCCAGGGGUCUCUGAAGCAGCCUUCUUCGUGGGUGAGCCAUGAGCCACCGGAUCCUGCUGCUCCUGGCCGUGCUGACCCUGGGCCUGGCUACCUCCCAACAGGGAGACAAGGUUCCCUGUAAGAUGGUGAACAAGGAGGUCUUCUGCCAAUUCCUUGGCCUGGUGCAGGUCCCCUCGGUGCUCCCGCGGGACAUCGAAGCCCUUGACCUAUCUGGAAACCAGCUUCAGAGCAUCCUGGCCUCGCCCCUGGGCCUCUACACAGCGCUUCGUCACCUGGACCUGAGCUCCAACGAGAUCAGCUUCGUCCAGCCAGGUGUCUUCGAGGCCCUGUCCCACCUGGAGCACCUCAACCUGGCCCACAACCGCCUGGCGCUGAGCACUGGGGGUCUGGGCCCCCUGCUGCACGUGAAGUCUCUGGACCUGUCUGGGAACAGCCUGUACAGCGGCCUGGUGGAGCAGCUGCUGGGGGAGGCGCCAGCCCUGCGCACCCUCGCACUGGCGGAGAACAGCCUGACCCGCCUGGCCCGCCAGACCUUCUGGGGCACACCUGCGCUCGAGCGGCUGGACCUACACAGCAACGUGCUGAUGGACAUAGAGGAUGGGGCUUUCGAGGCCAUGCCCCACCUGACCCACCUUAACCUGUCCAGAAACUCCCUCACCUGCAUCUCCGACUUCAGCCUCCAGCAGCUGCGGGUGCUGGACCUGAGCUGCAACAGCAUCGAGGCCUUUCAGAUGGCUCCCGAGUCCCAGGCCGGGUACCAGCUCACCUGGCUCGACCUGCGGGAGAACAAACUGCUCCACUUCCCUGACUUGGCCGCACUCCCGAGACUCAUCUACCUGAACGUGUCCAGCAACCUCAUCAGUCUCCCUGCGGGGCCGCCCCAGGGUGGCGAGGCCAUCUAUGCGCCCUCUGAGGGCUGGUCAGCCUCGCCCCUCUCGAACCCCAGCCGGAAUGCCAGCACCCACCCCUUCUCCCAGCUCUUGAAUCUGGAUUUGAGCUACAAUGAGAUUGAGCUGGUCCCCGAGGGCUUUCUGGGGCACCUGACCUCCCUGCGCUUCCUGAACCUCAGCCGAAACUGCUUGAAGGCCUUUGAGGCUCGGAGUGCGGGCUCCCUGCCCUGCCUGGUGCUCCUGGACAUGAGCCACAAUGCGCUGAAGACACUGGAGCUGGGCACCCGCGCCCUGGGGUCUCUGCGGACGCUGCUCCUACAGCACAAUGCCCUGCAGGACCUGCCCCCACACACCUUUGCUGGCCUGGCUAGCUUGCAGAGGCUCAACCUGCAGGGGAACCGGGUCAUUCCCUGUGGGGGGUCAGGGGGGCCUGGACCCUCCGGCUGCGUGGACUUCUCUGGCAUCUCCUCCCUCCGCAGCCUAAACUUGGUGGACAACGAGUUGGAGACGCUCUGGGCAGGUGCCUUCCUCCACACACCACUAACGGAGCUGGACCUCUCUUCCAAUCCGGGGCUGGAUGUGGCCACGGGGGCCUUGGUGGGCCUGGAGGCCUCCUUGGAGGUCCUGGCCCUGCAGGGCAAUGGGCUGGAGGUCCUGCAGGUAGACUUGCCCUACUUCAGCUGCCUCAAGCAGCUCAAUCUCGCCGAGAACCGCCUGAGCCGCCUGCCGGCCUGGACGCAGGCCGUGUCUCUGGAGAUGCUGGACCUGAGGAACAACAGCUUCAGCCUGCUGCCCAGCAGUGCCAUGGGCGGCCUGGAGACCAGCCUGCGGCGCCUCUACCUGCAGGGGAAUCCGCUCAGCUGCUGCGGCAAUGGCUGGCUGGCGGCCCAGCUGCACCAGGGCCGUGUGGACAUGGAUGCCACCCAGGACCUGAUCUGCCGCUUCGACUCCCAGGAGGAGGUGUUCCUGAGCCACGUGCGCCCUGAGGACUGUGAGGAGGGGGGGCUCAAGAAUGUCAACCUCAUCAUCAUCCUCACCUUCACGCUCGUCUCUGCCAUUGUCCUCACCAUGCUGGCCACCUGUUGCUGUGUCCGCCAGCAGAGGUUCAACCAACAGUACAAAGCCUAGAGCAGCCAGGCUGCGGAAGAGCUCAGCCGGAGACCCUUCCAGGACCGCGAGGGAGCCCGAGGCACAGAGGAGGGUGAGGUCUAACCCAAGGCCACACAGUGAGCCAGGGUCCCAGAACCCUAAUCUCUAAAUCCCAGCCCAGGCUUCCUUUCCCUGCAUCCUGCUGCAUCGGUAGGUGACGCACUUCCCAGGCCUCACAUGCGGUCCAGCUGUGGAAGCUGGACGUGGAGCAGUAGUGGGAGUGACAGAGAAUGAGGAUGAGCCAUCAGAUCAACAAAUCUUCACCAGACAUCUGUUUUGUGCCACACCCUGCGCUGGGCACUGAGGACACUGAUGAAGGAGACACAUCGAGCAUCUCCCAGUCGGGGUGGGGAUGGCAUCACAGAGCUGUGCAGCGACCACACAGAGUGUGGAGCCCAGGGCUCCAAAG